AUGGGGACACCCAUUCUGCCAACGUUUUCCUGUUCACCAGUUUUGUCGCUCGUUUUCCUCCUGGCGAUGCAGUGGGCAGGAACAGCCUAUGGCUGUCCCAAGAACUGCACCUGUGAACCGUGGGCGAUGAACUGCACCAACCAGGGCUUGAGGGAUUUGCCAGAAGGCAUCCCCCCCGUGACCCGGCACCUCAUUCUGCGCAAAAACCACAUCACGACACUGCCGAUAUUGGAGAUGACCUAUCUCAACGAACUGGUCUACCUGGACUGCAGCCACAACUGGAUCACCAUGAACGAGAUGUACCAGUUCCCUUUUGUGGAAAAGCUCUCUUACUUGGACCUGAGUUACAACCGAAUUGCCCACCUCAACAGCAAGACGUUCUCCAGGGUGACCAUGCUGCUGCUGCUCAAUCUCUCCAACAACCCGACGAUGCAGGUGAUCAACCCCCACUCCUUUGAUCACAACCGCUUGCUGCGAUACGUGGACAUGAGCAGCUGCAACCUGACCCAGCUCAGUGCCGAACUGUUCCGGGAUCAGUACAACCUUCACUCCUUGGGGCUGAGGAACAACCCCUUUAACUGCGACUGCAAUUUACUGGAAUUCAUCAACUGGCUGCUCAAGCCCAAAGUGAAUUGGGAGGUCAUUGAUCCGGAAAAUACUGCUUGUAAUGAGCCCGGACUACUGAAAUUUGUGCCGAUCCUACAAGCUGAAGAAUACCUUCAUGAACAAUGCCUGCAAGAGACUAUUUUAGUGGAUCACGGAAGGACAGCUUUGUACACCUUUGGCUUCUUCGUGGGAGGAACUCUAGCCGCCUGGAUCUUGGGGGUUGUAUCUGUGAUAUUUUACCACCCUAUAUUCAAACGAGAGGACGAUUUGGAUGAAGAACGAGAGUACAUAGGGAUUUAG